AACUAUCCAGGCUGUCGUCUAAAUUUAUGCCAAAGACUACAUGCUGUAUUACAUCGCUGCUUACAGUGACUGAAACUUCAUCUGUUGCUUAGAGAGCUAUUCUCCUAUUCUGCUGAUCCAAGGCUCAACCACAGCCAUGGAGGUGGCCCUGGUGAACUUUGAGAGCCUGGAGGACAUUGAUGCCAGCCUUGAUGAUGAGGACACCUAUACUGAUGAGACCUUGGGUCUCGCAGUGGACAUGCCUCCUGAGCCAAACAGCCCAGACAUUGAUUACCUUCUACGAGCUCCCCAGCUUUCCUCCACACCUUCCCAGUACAGCCCUGUGCCAUCCUACAUUUGGGAAUCCACCUCAUCUUCACCGAUUCCACAGACUCAUACACUGUGUGUACCCCAGUCUCCAGUCCUGCUAGCCCCAGGCCGAGCGGGUCGCAGUAGCUGUGCAAGCAUGAUUUCUAACUGGAAAUUGCUGUUAAGCAGUGAGGGAGUGAAGGAGAGUGAGACAAUCUUCAGUCGGCUCACCAAAGAGUGCUGUGAGGACCUGUUUGUAGAUAAACGAGGGCUGGAUGAUGGAGACCAGAAAGUCAUCAUCAACAUAGCCGGCCUCCGUUUUGAGACACAGCUCAAAACACUGGACCAGUUUCCUGAAACACUCUUAGGAGAUCCGUUGAAGAGGAUGGACUACUUUGAUCCAAUGCGGAAUGAGUACUUCUUUGAUCGGAAUCGGCCGAGCUUUGACGGGAUCUUGUAUUACUACCAGUCUGGGGGGAAAAUCCGAAGACCAGCUAAUGUGCCACUUGAUGUGUUUGCUGAUGAAAUUGUGUUCUAUGAGCUUGGCCAAGAAGCCUUGGAGCAGUUCAGAGAAGAUGAAGGAUUCAUAAAAGACGUUGAUAUCCCACUUCCAACUAAUGAAAUGCAUAGGCAAUUCUGGCUUCUGUUUGAGUACCCAGAGAGCUCCAACGCUGCUCGCGGUGUAGCUCUGGUGUCCGUCCUGGUCAUUGUGAUAUCCAUUAUUAUAUUUUGCAUGGAAACACUUCCAGAGUUCAGAGAUGAUGCUGACACAGUUGUGACCACCCCAGUCCAACUUGUCAACCAGUCCAGCAGUUUCUCCUCUGCUUCUCUUCCUGGUGUAAAGCUCACAACCUUCUCUGAUCCCUUCUUUUUCAUUGAGACUGCCUGUAUUGCCUGGUUUGCCUUUGAGCUGUGCGUUAGAUUUGUGGUCUGUCCCAGUAAAAGUGAGUUUUUCCACAACCUCAUGAACAUGAUUGACAUCAUAUCCAUUAUUCCUUACUUUGUGACUGUCGUCACAGAAACAUUCACGACACCACAAGAGAAUUCUGGACAGAACAUGUCUUUAGCUAUUCUGCGUAUAAUCCGACUAGUCAGAGUGUUCCGCAUAUUCAAACUCUCACGCCAUUCUAAGGGGCUUCAAAUCUUGGGGCAGACUUUGAAAGCCAGCAUGCGAGAGCUCGGUUUGCUUAUCUUCUUCCUCUUCAUUGGAGUGAUCCUCUUCUCGAGUGCUAUUUACUUUGCUGAAGUUGAUGAGCCCAGCACGCAGUUUGUCAGCAUUCCUGAUGGCUUCUGGUGGGCUGUGGUCACUAUGACCACUGUAGGCUACGGAGACAUGUGUCCCAUUACUGUGGCAGGUAAGAUUGUUGGAACUUUGUGUGCGAUCGCAGGGGUACUGACGAUUGCGUUGCCCGUUCCUGUCAUCGUUUCCAACUUCAACUACUUCUACCACAGAGAGACGGAAGCAGAGGACAAGCUUCCCAUGGCAGAAGCUCUUGAGCAAGCAAUGAAGGGUGAAGCAAGCAGCAAACAGGGAAGCAGCACUUCACUCAAUCAAGCCAAUGGUAUUUGGCAGAUUAAAGGAAAUUAACUGUGGAAGAAGAACUAACACGAACUAUUUAAGGUUUCACCACUGAUGAAAUAUUCUUGUGAUUAAAAAUUCAUUAUUCCUGUGGAAAUGUAUGUUUUAUAUUCAAACUAGGCUGCACCAUUUUUUGUUUAAAAUUAUAAAUCCCCCAAAAAUAUGAUUGUGGACUCUUUGUACUUAUGUGUAUAUUUUUUACUCACCUUACGUCAUGUAAAUCCUACAUUGCAGUUUGAAACAUAUUCAUUGUUCAUACCUCAAGCAAUUUUUGGCUCAAAGUUACUGUUAAUAAACCAGCAAGAUUUUUCUUGAUUGGUAAAUGAUAACGGCCUCUUGCAAGAGGUAUCAAAAUUCUUACAUUUUAUGUAUAUCUAAGACAACAUAACCAAAAUUUGGUAGGGAUGUGAAUAUUUGCUGGCUUGAAUAUAUAUUUAUCACACAUAUGUCAAAGUAUUUUCUUUGUUCUUCAGCCUCACUGUUAUUCUCUCAAUAUAUAAAUGUUUAAUGUCUGAUCUGGUCAAAGGUAAGUUAAAUAGCAAGAUAUGUAAAGGAGUUAAAUACAGCAUUGUAUACUCACUCAUUUUUGAGUCAGUGAGACUGGGUUGUCAAUUUUUAUAUUUUAUUAUAUUAUCACAGCAUAUCAAAGUCUGAUUUACCCACUGUGUGGGUGCGGCACAAGCAUCUAUAUUGGCCAAAAAAAACUAACAUUCACAUCAAAUAGUUGUAGAUUUCACUUGUAUCCCAAUCAAAAAAUAUUUUGAUGCUUUUGGUCAGACGUUUGAGAGAAAAAACAUUACAAGUUUUCCCAUUCUCAACAAAUGGGGUCAGGUCUUCAUGAAAACAUUUGCAAAAAUGUCUGUUUAUCUGGUUAUAUCAUAACUUUGAACUAUAGUUGUUAGAUUCUUGUGCUGUUAUGUUUUAUAAAUAAA